GGCGCUCGUGGUAGUGGUGGUGGCGACUACUUGGUAGUGACUACUUGGUAGUGACUACUUGGUGGCCUCCCUGCUUGUCUUUUUAGUCGCCCUCGCCUCUUGAUUUCUUCUUUUAUUUCCAGCCGCCGGGGAGAAGAAGAGCACCAUGGCGCUCCGGGUUACCAGGAACACGAAGCUCAAUGGGGAGAACAAGGUGAAGAUGAGCGUGGCGGCCACCAAAAGACCACCGGUCUCCUCGGCCACCACCAAGCAGGGCUUGAGGCCGCGGAAUGCCCUCGGGGACAUCGGGAACAAGGUGGUGGUGGAACAACCUCAGUCCAAAAUGCCCGUGAAAAAGGAAACCAAAGCCGCCGGGGUGGGGAAAGUCAUCCCCAAGAAGCUGACGAAGCCCGCCGUCAAGGAGCCCGAGGCCGUUAAGGAAAAGAAACCGGACCCUGAGCCUGUGAAGGCGGAGUGUCCGUCCCCGAGCCCCAUGGAGACGUCCGGCUGCGACGUGUCGGGCUGCGCGCCGCCGGCCGAGGAAAUCCUGUGCCAGGCCUUCUCGGACGUCAUCCUGGCCGUGAAGGACGUGGACGCGGCCGACGCCUCGGACCCCAACCUCUGCAGCGAAUACGUGAAGGACAUCUACGCCUACCUGAGGCAGCUGGAGGAAGAACAAUCUGUCAGACCCAAAUAUCUGGCGGGUCAAGAAGUCACCGGAAACAUGAGAGCAAUUCUGAUCGACUGGCUGGUCCAGGUUCAGAUGAAAUUUCGACUCUUGCAAGAGACCAUGUAUUUGACGGUGGCCAUUAUUGACCGUUUCCUGCAGGACAACGGCGUGCCCAAGAAGAUGCUCCAGCUGGUCGGGGUCACGGCCAUGUUCAUCGCCAGCAAGUACGAGGAGAUGUACCCGCCCGAGAUCGGGGACUUCGCCUUCGUGACCGACCACACGUACACCAAGCACCAGAUCCGGCAGAUGGAAAUGAGGAUCCUCAGAGCCUUGGAUUUCGGGCUGGGCCGUCCCCUGCCUCUGCACUUCCUCCGCCGGGCGUCCAAGAUCGGAGAGGUGGAUCUAGAGCAACACAUGUUGGCCAAGUAUCUGAUGGAGUUGACCAUGGUGGAUUACGAGAUGGUGCACUUCCCGCCUUCCCAGAUAGCCGCCGCCGCCUUCUGCUUGGCCCUCAAAGUCCUCGAUGGGGGCGAAUGGACGCCGCUCCUUCAACACUACCUGUCUUACACUGAGGAAUCUCUCCUGUCCGUCAUGCAACACAUGGCCAAGAACGUUGUGAUGGUGAAUAAGGGACUGACGAAGCACGUGACCAUCAAGAACAAGUAUGCCAGCAGUAAGCAUGCGAGGAUUAGCACUCUCGCACAGCUCAACUCGGCGGCCAUUCAGGACCUGGCCAAAGCUCUGACCAAGGUGUAGCUUCCCGCCUGCGGACGGAAGCGGAUGAAGUGAGAGGUUAAGAUUGGCACCAUGUGCCUGUGUAUAUACUGUGCGUGUUAGAUUCAUUUUUAAUAAAGCAUUUGCCCCUUUUACCUUCUAA